AUGGCCACCUCUUUCCAACCGAACGUUCACUACACCUUCGGCUCUCCCCUAUCCUCCACCGCACUCUUUGGAACAAGAAGAGCAUCAGAUAUCCUCGAGCAAGAGGGGUACAGCACUGUAAUGCAGACCUCUACCUCGCGAAGAGCUUCCCGGACCCUGAGCGGAGGAGGCAGCUCCACGCUGGCCGAUGUCGUGAGUUCACUGACGCGGCGCAGCAGCGACGCUGUGAGCUCCACCCAGAUCACCGAUGCAGACUAUGCCACCCUCCUGGAAUGGAUCCGCGCGGAGCGGAUGCGCAAGCUUCCUCCGGAGGGCAGCAGCUAUGACAAGGCCCUGGUUUGGGCUGCAUUGUUUGUCGAGCGGCUGCACUCCUUUGAUACUGCCCUGCAGCAAUUUGCCGGGGAUAGCCACAUGGCGGCUCAGCUCGCCUAUGUGCACUGUGCGAGUUUACUUGAGACGACUCACAGAUAUUGCUUCCAGCUGGCGGAGGAGAACGCCCCUGCGCUGAUGGAUCUGUUCGGGUUCUUCUACCGCUCCUCCAUGGGUCUGGGGAACCUGUUGGAUCGCACGGAACUGUUCUCGGUGUCUCAGGAUAUCAAGGACCAACUGAUCCUGGCUUUGGCCGAUCUGGUCACUCUGGUCGUCGGCGUUGCCAGACAUUUUCAUCGGUCCCUGAACACCUCCGAGUCAGUCUCGAUUGAUAUCUACAGCACCUUUCCCGGACCGAUUGACAGCUUCAAGGCCCGCUGUGAGCAUGUCUCGGAGCUGAUGUGGAGACACCAACUAAUCCGCGAGGGGAUGAAUGGGGAUAAAGUCACCGAGAUCAGAACCAUCAAGGAAUGGCUGCAGCCGGAAGAUCCCGUGCUGAUCAACGUGGCGGAGACCACGGCUCACUUUGCACAAGAGCGCGAGGAGUCAACCUGCCUGUGGAUGAGCCCGUACUUGACACGCUUCCUCAAGAGCGAUCAGAAAGUCCUGGCCGUGCAUGGAAAGCCAGGAUCCGGCAAGACCAUCCUGGCCACCGUGAUCCACGACCAUCUCCAGCAUUCCGUGGGAGGCACCGUCUACAAAUCGAUCUUCGUCCCUAUCAAUAGCCGGAUUCCCGCCAACACCACCCCCCGCGCAGUCGCCAAAAUGGUCUUGUCGCAGCUGUUCGACAAGCGCAUUGGUAAUGUGCGCUUGUACCAGAUUCUCUCCGACACCUUCACCCGCAGUCAGUCGACACUGGAGGAAGACGCCUACGAUGACCUGCUCUGGGCGGCGGUGCGGAACGCCCUCAAGAGCAGCCUCCAAGGCGCCAAGGAACUCGUCCUGGUGGUGGAUGGCAUGGACGAAGCCAGUUGCGGCGAAGCCAGUCUCCGGAAGCGACUGACCGAAGCUGCUGUACCGGCAGACCGAGUCAAGUUGAUUGUUCUCGGCUCCCAGCAGCAGUCCUCCACGGCCUUGCAGACCGCAGUGCAUGUCAGCCCGGAGCUUGUGUUUGACGACAUCACUGCUGUUGUACGAAAGAUCCUGCACCCCAACCGUUCCUUUACAUCCCAGUCGGAAGACGAGCAAGAAAUCAUGGUCACGCGCAUUGCAGAGGCCGCCAGGGGCUCGUUCUUGUGGGCGAAGCUGGCCGCCAAACGCAUCCGCGAGGAGGGCGCCUCCAACGCACAAGCGCUUUCCAAGGCCAUCACCACGGUCGCCAACACUGGAAAGACCCUCACUGAUCUGGUCUCGCAUGCGAUGCAUGCAAAGGUCAGCGAGGAUGCAUUGAAGGUGCUCUCCUGGCUGUCUACGGCCGCGCGUCCUCUGACGCAGAAGGAAUUGUCGGCGCUUGGCUCAAUCCACCUGGACAGAGGCACAAUCACCGAUAAAGAACUCGACAGCCACCAUCUCCUCAAGCCAGUUGCGUCCCUGGUUUUCAUCCAAAGCAAUCUGGUCUACCUGCGCCACGGGCAGAUCCGUUCCGCCAUUCUGGACGUGCUGGCCAAAGACAAAUUGCUGCCAGCCGUCAAGAACCGGAACAGCGAUCUCGCUCAACGAUUACUCGUGUACACCAAGGAGGUGGUUACCAGUGACCAUGAGCCAUCGCUGGACCCCCUGGACGACUCUGCCAGCCAGGAGCUGCUGGUCAAAUAUCCGCUGCUCGACUUUGCCCUGCGCUACUGGAUCACACAUGUCAAGAUCGCCUUCGGCUGUGCCACCGACCAGGAAAUCGCCACCGCUGCGAAAGAGCUGCGCAGUAGUAUUCCGACAACUCCAACAGUCCCACUGCUGGAGAUGACUGUGUGGGACAACAAAUCGACCCCGUCUCUGCGUCUUCUCCAUGGCAUCCAGACACGUGUGUGGCGACAGGCCCUGGGCCCUAACCACCCUACGACCUUGCAGACCGUCCUGUGCCAGGCUCUCUUCUACCGGCGGAUCCACGAGAUUCCCUCCGCCCAUAUCAGCAAGAUCUUCUACGAGGCGGCGAAGAUGAGCCAGACCGUGCUCUCCACGCGACACCUGAUCACCAUGCAGAUGAUCAAGUUCUAUCUGGAAGUCACCGCCGACCAAGUCACCGACUCCAAGACGACGAUCAUGACGCAGCGCACGGAAAUGCUGCAGCGUCUCAUCGAAUGCUACAAGAUCCAUUACGGGGCGUCGAGCAGCAUGGUGACCUCGACCAUGAGGCUGCUGUCCGAGCAUUACACCUCGAUGGGAGAAGAAACCAAGGCGAAAGAGAUAACCACCUGGCUGCAGGAAGCCAGCACAGAAAGCGCGCCGCAAGCGACCGGCCCUCGACAGACAGACGACUCGCUCUUGGUGCAUCUCCACGGGCGCAAGGAUACGAUGGAGACGCGGACGAUCUUCUCGUUGGAUGAGCUGGAACAGGAUGACCUGGUCACCCGCGCAUUCGACUUCAAGUCUCUGCAGGCCAAGGCUGAGAGGCUCGUGGCCGAGAAGGACAUCAAGACGGCCGAGCGGACUUGGAUCGAGCUGUGGCAGCAAACCAGCAAGGAAUACCGACUGAAUUCCUCCACUGAAUGGGAGUUGCGGAACAUGGACGCCGUGCUCGGCUACGCCAAGUUCCUCAAGUCUCAGCACCGGGAGAAUGAAGCAGCAUCGAUCCUGUCCGGAUUCUGGGAGGGCUAUGGCCAAAGCACGUCGAGCUCGGAGGCGGUUGCUUCGAAAUUCCUCGAAGUUGCCAAAGUCAUGAAGUCGGUUGGACUCUCCGUGCUCGCUCUGAGCGUCUUCAAGCAUUGCGCGCAAAGUACCCACGGUCAUAGCGGCGUCCAUCAGGAAGUCCAGCAACAUAUCAAUACCACCUCCCGCGAGGUGAUGAAGAUGGCGACCUCGACAAGCUCCACGAUCACCGAAUCGAGUCUCAAGGAGAUGGUGUUCAGCGCUUCGACUACUGACCAGGUCUCGAUGACUGCGACCAAUACGUUGCUGGAACUGUAUCUGUCGCAGCAUCGAUGGCAGGACGCCACCAAGGCCAUCAAGCAGGUCCUACGGACCAUGUGGCCGGCAUUUUUCGCCCCCUCGGCCGACGAGGCCGUGCUCCCCGCCAGCAAUCUGGAGUCUUGUGUCGAGCUGGCGGAACGUCUAGCCAACUGCUAUCGCUUUCGGCGGCGCAUCGGGAAAGAGGAAGAUGUUCGCCUGCGUUUGUAUCACGCAGUGCGCCGCGGUCGACCGGCGGGAGACAAGUUGCUGGACCGCGUCACCACGGGGCUCCUCCGUCUGUACGAGCGCAUGGUGCAAACUGAGAAGCUGAUCACGAUCCACCAGAACAUUCUGAGCGACUGCAAGAAGAGAUACGGACCCCAGCAUCCAACCGUGGUCAAACAGCUUUGGAAACUGGCGGAGUUGACUCGUCCGCGUCCCAUUGCCGUGGAUUACUACCGACAGAUAGUCCACAUCCUCAACAAGGACACCGAGCAGUGCCAUCCGGACGCCUUUGAGCCCUUGCUUAUUGUUGUGACCGAUUUGCUCAACCAAGCACGUUACGCCGAAGCUUUGCAGCCGUGUCGUGUACUGUUCGGCACUCUGCAGAAGCCUCAAAUCAGUCCGAAGCUGCAGGAGCCGAGCUUCGCUCAGACCCUGUACGAACGCUAUAUUCACUGCUUGCGCAUGGUGCAGAGCGACGUCGCGGUCAUCCACGAUGUGACAGCCCAGUACCGCAAGGCAUGUAUCAGCCUCUUCGGCACGAGUGCCUCUGUGACCAUCCACGCCACCAAGACCCUGGCCAACAUCUGCCAGGAGUCCAAGCGGUACGAGAGCGAAGCGAUCACUCUGUACGAAGAGUUAUUGCAGACUCGAUCCAGCGCGGUCGAAAUCGAUUAUGAAGAUAUUCGUGCCACACUCAAUGCGAUCUACGAGGAGCAGAACAUGCUCGUGCAUACAUCCAAGACCGCGUCGAUGAGCACCGAAGAAGUGAAGCGGGUGAUCUCCAUCCGCACCCAGCGUCUGGCCUCUCUACGCUCGACCCACGGAUGGGCCCAUGAAGAGUCGCUGGGACACUUAUCAGAGAUCGUGACGCUGUAUACCAAGCAGGGAGAUCUCCAGGCGGCUGCGACUCUGUUGCGCAAUGCCACCGCCCAGGUUCUCGCCACGGAGUCGUCUUCCAUCCAGCUGACGGCAGCCGCGAAGACCAUCGCGGCCGGUUAUAUCACCGCGGGCCAGGUCGACCGUGCGCGAGAGCUGACCCACGAGCUGUACCGACAGAUCGUGGCCAAAGACACCGCCAAUGUCGGUGCAGUCGGAUUCGACCUGACCGCCAGUCCCCGCCAGAGCCUCUCGUUCCUUGCCGAAUUGGAGUACCGUCUGCGCCAACGCGAGGACGCCUCCCUCACCCUCAACGAGGUCUACUCGGCACUCACCACCGAGUACAUGUACUUCGAGCAGUUCCGCACCGAGAUCGGCUCGAAGAGCAGCAGCGUAAUGACUGUGAUGCCAUCCGCAGCUCGUCUCCACGGCUUCCUGUGCGCCAAGGGCCGUCAUGAAGACGCCGCACGGCUGGCCGAGCAGGUCACCAACUACUUCCUUGCCACUGAAGGGGCGACUACUCAGGCCACUGCGAGCCAGGCCCGGAUCUUCAUCGACACCCUGCUGGAGUACUUCCCCUCGCACACCUCCCCGCACUUCAUCCGCUCCGUGGCGAUUGCCAGCUACGACCGGGUGACGCAGCUGCUGGCGACGGCGGACUACCACUCGGCCUGCGGGCUCGCCCUGACGGCCUUCCAGUACAUCCGGGCGCAUCAGGGCUACGCAUCCCCCUCGGUGCUCAAGACGGUCUUCAAGCUCGGGCUGGUCAUUGCCGGCCGGGACGUCGAAGCGCGACCCGCCGCCGCCUCCCGGAAGGAGAUGCUCGAGGUCUCGGCCAGCAUCCUCAAGGAGACGCUCGACUACCUCAAGCAGCAGAAGGUCGACCUCACCCAGCUCGACCUCGUCCACCUGAACACCCUCAUCUGCGUCCUGGACGAACAGCACGACUACGCGACCCUGGCCUGGAUCCUCACUGCCCUCUGGAACCACCGUGACACGCACAUCUCGACCGCGCCGCAGUACGCAUACACCCUCGCGCUGGGCCGCAUGCUGGUCAUCACGCGCUACCUGACAGGCGACUCCCUCGCCGCCAUCCGCCUGGCCGAAGAUAUCGUCUACAACUGCGCUCGCGUGCACGGUCCGCGCCACCCCAGCACCGUCGAGAUGACCGUCCUCCUCUCGCAGAUGUACACCAGCGUCGCCCAGGGCUACCAAACCCACCAGGACCGCCGCGAGCUCGCCUACCGAUACUACAAGAAAGCGGCCUCGCUGCACGAGAACGCCCUGCGGGUCUUCAUCGACCCGACCUCCGUCUCCGCCACGGAAAUGGAAGCCAGCGCCGCCGCCUCGGGCCUCUCCGAGUCUGCGUCCGGCGCCUCCAGCCCCGGCGGGACGGUGGAGGACGAGGGCAAGCACGUGCGCCAGCAUCUGCAUCUGCUGAAGCUGGCGGUGGAGCGGCUGGGCGACUGGCCGAAGGAGUAUGCGGAGUACGAGCGGCUGAAUGCGGAUCUGUUCCGGACGUUUGCCGCGGAUCUGAAGGAUGUGGAGGGGGUGGAGAAGUGGAAUCUGAAGCGCUUUGGGUCGGGGAGGGCGGAGGCGAGCGAUGAUUUGAUCUCGCCGGGGAUCAAUCAGGUGGUGGGGAGUCAUGAGCGGUUGGCUAUUGCUGUUUAG